AUGAAGACCCUGCAAAUCCUUUUCUCUCGGGUCGCAAAACAUAACGCUAGCACUGGUACUCUUCAUACAGCAGGCAUCGGAAGUUGGUCUGGAAUUUUGCAACUUUCAGCCAGACGAUUGGUGCAUAGUACGCUCCGCAAAGACCACACGACCCUUUUAAGCAACGACAAGCUCGCUAGCUUUAAUGUGCUGAGUUUGAAAGCCCUCAAGAAUGAGUGUCGCAAUCGAGGGCUGAAGAUUUCAGGCAGAAAGGGAGAACUUGUAGACCGUAUUUUGGCGUUUGAAAACUCAAAAUCACUACCUGGAACAUCCAGCAUAGCCAGCUCUGUGCGUCAGCUGCAUUUUUCGAGAGCUGUUGGCCAGAAAGGAGAUUCCAGACCCGUGGACGACGUAAAGCUUCCUGACGUUGCAGCUACCGAAGAUGCGUUGCAGUCGCUUGACAAGGAGUACAUUGUGCACAUAACACCACUUUCUGAAAGUGCAGACCAGAAACCAGUCACGAUGCUGGAAAAAGAGCUUCUUGCCACGGAAAACAGCCCGUUGGACAAAACACCUCAAGUCUCGACCACAGACCACGACAAGGUGAUUUUCCAAGCGGACGCCCCAGAAGACAGUCUCGACAUCGUAAAUGAGGAGUAUGAGACCGCCAAGAACAAUGAUGCAGACGCAACGAACAAAAGCGACCCAUCGAAGGAAUCGGACUCAUUGGAGUCCAGAGACAAGACUUUUCUCCUAAGCGUGGCGGGACUCGUGGCAGGGUGGUGGUCGCUCAAGCUCUGGUCCAAAAAGGGCGAUCGUGAGCACUAA